UGCGGGAGGCCCCGAUCUGCACCCUGCAGUCCCCCCGUUGGCAGUCACCGCCCUCGGCGCGCUCCUUCUCCGCAGCGCCGGCCCCAUGCCCGCCGGCCGCCCAGGCCCCGUCGCCCCAUCUGCGCGGCGGCUACCGCCGCUGCCGCUGGUCCUGCUGCUCUGCGUCCUCGGGGCGCCGCGAGGCGGAUCGGGAGCCCACACAGCUGUGAUCAGCCCCCAGGAUCCCACGCUGCUCAUCGGUUCUUCCCUGCAAGCCACCUGCUCGGUGCACGGGGACCCACCUGGGGCCACUGCCGAGGGUCUUUACUGGACCCUCAAUGGCCGCCGCCUGCCCCCUGAGCUGUCCCACCUGCUUAACACGUCCACCUUGGCCCUUGCCCUGGCCAACCUCAAUGGGUCCAGGCAACAGUCAGGGGACAACCUGGUGUGUCACGCCCGUGACGGCAGCAUCCUGGCUGGCUCCUGCCUCUAUGUUGGCUUACCCCCUGAGAAACCUUUCAACAUCAGCUGCUGGUCCCGGAACAUGAAGGACCUCACUUGUCGCUGGACUCCUGGUGCCCAUGGGGAGACCUUCCUCCACACCAACUACUCUCUCAAGUAUAAGCUGAGGUGGUAUGGGCAGGACAACACGUGUGAGGAGUACCACACUGUGGGGCCUCACUCCUGCCACAUCCCCAAGGACCUGGCUCUCUUCACACCCUAUGAAAUCUGGGUGGAGGCCACCAACCGCCUGGGUUCAGCCCGCUCAGAUGUGCUCACACUGGACGUCCUGGAUGUAGUGACCACGGACCCCCCACCCGACGUGCACGUGAGCCGCGUAGGGGGCCUGGAGGACCAGCUGAGCGUGCGCUGGGUCUCACCACCUGCUCUGAAGGACUUUCUCUUCCAAGCCAAGUACCAGAUCCGCUACCGCGUGGAGGACAGUGUGGACUGGAAGGUGGUGGAUGACGUCAGCAACCAAACCUCCUGUCGCCUGGCAGGCUUGAAGCCAGGCACGGUCUACUUCGUCCAAGUGCGUUGCAACCCAUUUGGUAUCUACGGCUCCAAAAAAGCCGGCAUCUGGAGCGAGUGGAGCCACCCCACCGCAGCCUCCACCCCUCGCAGUGAGCGCCCGGGCCCGGGCGGCGGAGCGUGCGAACCGCGGGGCGGCGAGCCCAGCUCGGGCCCGGUGCGGCGCGAGCUCAAACAGUUCCUCGGCUGGCUCAAGAAACACGCGUACUGCUCGAACCUCAGUUUCCGUCUGUACGACCAGUGGAGAGCCUGGAUGCAGAAGUCACACAAGACGCGCAACCAGCACAGGACGAGGGGAUCCUGCCCUCGGGCAGACGGGGCGCGGCGAGAGGUCCUGCCAGAUAAACUCUAGGGACUAGGACAGUCCUUCCUGUCUUGUGGAGACCCAGAGCCUCCAGUCAAAUGAGCCACCACUGUGGUGUCACUUCCAAGGCACCUGAGUACCAUCAGCAGGAGCUGGGCAGAUACAUUGAGCUCCCCAGACACAACUCGUGUCACGUGGGGGGCUCCUAUGUGUCCGGAUGGGUUGAGCUGCCCAGGACCCCUGUAGGGUCUGGGGAGAAGGGAGGCUUCCUGUCACCUAGGGUCACCUCCAAGAGUCUUGUUUAAAUAAAUGAGCUAAUUCAGGUC